UCAAAACAGCAACGAACGCUGCUGGAACCAAACUUUUGAAAAAAAUAAGAAUCAAAAAUAUUUCUUUAAACGUGCCAAACCAAAUGUGUCAAUGCUGAGACCGGACACUAAAGCGAAGCUACUAAAUAAUAUAAGUCUUUCCAAGCAUCUGUCCUCUAAAAAGGGUUCACGCACCAGUAACUGCGGUAACCGUCUGGAAUUCUCCGUGCUAAACCAUUUAUCCAACGUGCCUUGAGUGAAAGCGCUCCAAUCUUGUACUGUCUGUAACUGCAACGAAAAUCUUAAACUACCCAAAAUGGUUCACCAGAAUCGUACAUCCAGCAAGGCAAUUGCAUCCAAGCAUUUGAGUCCCAUGCGAAAUACGGAACUGCAGCUUGGCAAAUAUGCCGUUUCCAGCAGUCCCGCAGAUAGUUUCCUACGCAAUACGAGGUUGACAGUGAAUACGGCAGGAGCUGGCAACAGUUCCCAAAAUUCGGCCUACAAAUACAACAAUAUGGUCGACAACAAUCGGGAAAAGUUCAAUGCCCUGCAUUUUUGCUAAAACUGAAGAGGAUAAUAAUGAUGAUGAUAAUGUUGAUAAAUAUAUUCGUGUUGAUAAUGAUGUUUGCAAUAAAUAUAUAAUUCCAUAUAUUCAAAAUU